AUGCGUUUCUCCGCAGCCUCGCUCCUCCUUGGCCUUAGCUGGAUCACCGCCGCCGCCGCACACAACAUCCAGCUCCGCGCCCACUCACGAGAAUGCUUCCACGAGAGCUUGCACAAGGAUGACAAGAUGACCGUUUCGUUCCAGGUCGGCGACCGGGAGUUUGGUGGGAGCGGAAAUCUCGAGAUUGACUUCUGGGUUGAAGACCCCCAAUCCAACCGCCAAUACUACAAGCAAGCCAUCAGCUCCGAAGACUACUCGUUCACCGCACACCUCGACGGCAAAUACGUCUACUGCUUCAGCAACGAGGGCUGGACCUCGAACUCCAAGGAAGUCUCGUUUAACGUCCACGGCAUCGUUUACGUUCCCGAAUCCGAAAUGGCGCAGGAUCCGCUGGAGACGGAGGUCCGCAAGCUUUUGGAGAACCUGGCCCAGGUCAAGGAUGAGCAGUCGUACAUUGUUGUCCGUGAGCGCGUACACCGCAACACCGCGGAGAGCACAAAUGCCCGUGUCAAGUGGUGGAGUAUCUUCCAGCUGGCGGUGCUUAUUGGGGAAGGUGUUUUCCAGGUUUGGUGGUUGAAGAGAUUCUUUGAGGUUAAGCGCGUUGUCUAA